CGGCGCCGGAGACAGCGCGGUGACCUGCCGCAAAGCACACAGAGGUGGGCGGACCCCCCUCAUCCCAUCCCUCCAACCUCAUUCUGCUUUUUCUUUCUCUAUAAAAACGCCACUAACUCCUCCACUCCUAAAAUCCCCACUCUCCCCUCUGUGUGCGCGGAAGCUGCUGCUGAUUUCCACCCCACCACCAUCAACAUCUUCAUCAUCAUCGUGGAGUUGACAUCAUCUUUUUCUCCAGCAGAUGACCAUGUGCGCGCUUGCCCUUGCAACGUUUAAGUGACUGUUUACAUCCUGGAUGGCUUCUUCUUCUUACAUAAGUCACCAAAAAUAUAAAUAUGCAGCUCGCUGCGCUGCCGCAGCUCCGCAGCGCGGCUGCGUUUCUGCGCCUGCAUGCGGCGCAGGAGGCGAGCUGAACGCUUCCUCCUUCCUGCACAGGAGAAGGGCUGGAUGUGGGCCGCCACAUGCUAGCGAACCUGAGACGGAAUGGUACGGAGGGAGGGAGGGAGGCUCGUUUUUUGUCUCACUGAGGACGGAGGGAGGAGAGGAGAGGAGGAGGGGGGGUCGGUGUAAAACCAGACUGGGUGGAGCAACGCAUCGGCCCGGCCCCAUCCACCGAGCAGACGGCCGGAGCUCGGUACUGUACCGAGUCUGGCGGAUGGAAAGAGAUGGGGGGCGGUCUGUGGGAGGGUCUAGCGCAAAGAGGGAAGGAGGAGGGGUGAGGAGGAGGAGGAGGCGGCACGGGUGCUGUUUCUCCAGUCUCUUUCCCCUGUCUUUGUCUCACACACUCUUUUGUUAGCCAUGCCUAGCCUGCUGGUUCUAGCAGGGAUCAUGGAGAAAAAUGGGGGCUACGGCGGGGAUCUGGCCGGCUCCGGCUUCGGCGGCGAAGGUCUCCUCGUGGCGCCCGACGAGGAGGAGGACGACUCCCGUGCCCUCAGGGUCGCGCUCGGCCAGUUGUCGCUGCUGGGGCUCGGGGAAGGCGAGGACGGCGGCGGCGGAGCCCCGACAACAGGAGUGCAGGACCGGAGCAACAAUAACAACAACAACCACCACCACAACCACGCCAACAGCGUCGGGGGCGGCGGGGACGCGGCCAUCCUGCAGGGGAAGAGCAAGUUGUGCGCCCUGUACGACAGCUCCUCAGCAGAGACUAAAGGACGAGGCUGCAACAUAACAGAAUGCGUCCCGGUGCCCAGCUCCGAACAUGUGGCCGAGAUAGUGGGGAGGCAAGGUUGUAAGAUAAAAGCUCUGCGAGCCAAGACCAACACCUACAUCAAGACCCCCGUUCGAGGAGAGGAGCCUGUGUUUUUAAUCACUGGCCGGAAGGAAGAUGUUGCACUGGCCCGUCGUGAAAUCAUCUCUGCUGCAGAGCACUUCUCCAUGCUACGCGCCUCCCGCAACAAGCUGGGGGUGUCCUUCAGCGGCUCCCCGCCCACGCCUCUGCCGGGUCAGACCACCAUUCAGGUGAGAGUGCCAUACCGCGUCGUGGGGCUGGUAGUGGGGCCUAAGGGCUCCACCAUUAAGCGCAUCCAGCAGCAAACCUGCACGUACAUCGUGACCCCCAGCCGAGACCGCGACCCCGUCUUCGAGAUCACGGGUUCCCCGAGCAAUGCUGAGCGCGCCCGCGAGGAGAUCGAGGCGCACAUCGCCUUCCGAACAGGAGGCCUGCAUGACCACAACAACGAGAACGACUGUCUGGGGCCGAAUGGUGGAAGUAGCCCGGCGGGCAGCACCGGCGGUCUGGAGAGCCGGCUACAGCAGGUGUGGGGGCUGCAGGGGGGCCAGCGCAAGCCUCUCACCAGCAGCUACCGCCAGAACUUCUCAGAUGCCAUGGUUGGAGGCGGGAGCGGAGGAGGAGGAGGAGGAGAGGGAGGGGGGAUCUACAACAAGAGCAACUUCUCCAGCUCCGGAGAGAAACCCUGCUCGUAUUUUGGAUCGGAGGGCACCCAGGGCUGGGGGGACCCCGACUACCCCAAACAGGUGUCUUUUUACACCCAGCAGCGCUCCAAAAGCUUCGGCGGCCUCCCGCUGCCCCUGACCAGACUCUCUCCUGGGUUACCGGAGCCCUGCGGCGGCGGGACCCCCAACAACUCAGUCACCAGCAUCGUAUCCGGCUCGCCUCACGCCCAGGCUCGCCGCGCCCACAGCGAGCCUGCCUCGGCCGGGGACGGCUUCCCGGGCCGCCUGCCGGUGCCGGACUCUCCGCCGGCCACCGUGCGGGACUGCAUGACCUGCUUUGAGAGCAAAGUGACGGCUGCCUUGGUGCCCUGUGGCCACAACCUGUUCUGCAUGGAGUGUGCCAUCCGAAUCUGUGAGCUGAACCACCCGGAGUGCCCGGUGUGCCACACCCAGGUCACUCAGGCCAUCCGGAUAUUCUCCUAAAGAACCACGUCCGUUUUAUCCUUAGUUUCCUCAGUGUUUCUUCAAUAAUUAUUUACUGUUCUUAUGAUUACUAUUAUUAUUAUCAUUAUUAUUAUAUACAUUUUUGUUUUUCAGAAAAUUUAAAAACAAUCAAGCAGAUAUUUUAGAAGGCCUGCUUGCUUUACUAAAAAGUAUAAGAAAUAUUUUUAAGUUUUUCUUUUUAUAUAUAUAUGCAUAUAUAUUUUAUAAAAGUUUUGUUUAUAAGAGAAGUAUAGUACCUUGCAUUUUCAGUUUUUUGACUGCUGCUGUGUUUCAUUCAUGAAUCACAGUGUAGGCAGAGGUAGACAGUAAUGUGAACAUUUUAUUCUUCGAUUAUUUUUUUGUUUUUUACCUUAAAGUGGGUUUUAUUGAAGGAAACAGAUGAUUGUUGAGGAACCCAAUCUGCACUUGACUGACCUACAAAGUCAAUGUUACUAGAAGGAAUAAAAAAAUAACUUAUUGCACCUUACAAUCAUCUUGGUCUAAAACAGGAUUGUUAAAAUCGUACCAUGAGAAAUUCAAAAGCAGCAGAUGUGAACUUAAACAUUUUCAGUUAAACUGUGAUUGUGGGUUUGGAUAAUUGGUCCAAAGCAUUUUGGCUAAAGGAUAAACGUGUAUGGGUUCGUUCCAGUCGGGAUCUAUACAGAAAGAGAUGAAGCAAAUCUUUAUUUCAUUAGAAAACAGAUUUAAAAGGGAUAGGAUUUUAAUUAUUUAUAGAAACUGCUUGAAUUUUAUGGAUAUUAUUCAGAGAGAGGAUGAGGGCUGCUGUAAAGGUGGGGAUUCUCCGUCCGGUAGCCGUUGGUGACGCUUUGGUCACUGCAGUUUGUUGAAAAGACUCGGUAAUGCUUUGCUGCUCGUGGCUCUUGAAAAGCAUGUGGCUCCUCGGUUGGCUUAAAGCGCUGAUUUAAUUUGCGAGGCCAAAAAGCCUUGGAAUCCAUCCAGUUGGCCCCUUUUUGAUAUUCCCCAAGGACUUGUCUCAAAGCCACCUUAACCACGCUUUUAUUGUGUCGUGCGGUCGUUUGGCCGCGUCCGGCUAACAAUGGAGGACGAGGCGGGAGCCCCCCUCUCGUGUCCUCGGAGAACCUUAGGAUUGGACGGAAGCUGAAUGAAUCGUCUCCUGAAUCAGCAGCAGCAGAUUAAAGGAGCAGAUACUGUAAAACACAGAGUCCAGGGCUGCUAAUCCUUUCUCCUGCGAGGGGCCUUCCGUCCCCCCCUGUAAUUAGCAGAGCUGUACAGGAGCAGGUGUUUCGCGGCGCGCUGCGGCUCUGACCCUGAGUUUGGAGGUCUCGCCUAGCCCCUUUCUUUCUCUCUUUUCUUUGGGAGUGGCUUUCAUGCCUCCCCUCCACCGGAGCUGCUGGGCUUACAGUUGGACCGUUUGCUUUUGAGCCGUAUUGUCUGCGCCUUCGGUGGCGGCCGGCGUGGGCCACGGAGCGCUCGGACACGGCCUGGAUUCGCUCAUUGACAAUUAGGCAAAUGGGUUGGUCCAGGUGCGGACCGUGUGGGGACUCUGGACCCCCGAACCACUGAAGGGAGCUAGGCGAAUAGGAAACCCCUCCUUUUUCCCCCUGCUCCUUUUCUUACCCAAACGGGGACAAGGAGAGGGGGUGCACUCUUUUGUCCCAAAACACACACGGACACAGAAAGACACUAGCCGCAUUUGGCAGCCGUGAAAUAAAAUGGAGGUUUAGGAGAGACAUUCAUAAUCCAGUUACCUGGAGUAUUUAUUCCAGUUGAUGAAAAGCAAACCGUUUAGUGAUCAUAUCACAGAGGGCCCGUGUUAAUCUCCCUCUUUGGGUGCCAUCUGUGGGACAGUUUCUACUGUAAGGGGCAUCCCACGACUGGCCCUUCGCCUCGAACGGCCCCGGCCCCCAACUCGCGUUACUUUCACAAUGAAAUCAGACUAUUGUAAUUGACAGGAAGGCAGAGGAAACGCCCCAUUUAACCAGCACUCAUGCUGAAUCAAAUUACACACCCGCUGCGUCUGCCUUAGCCCCAGCCUGGGGAUUUCAGAGGGCUAGAGCAAUGGAUCGGGGGGUUGGGGGAUUAAAGCUGUUGAAUGAUGGGAGGGAGUGAAGGAGGAGCAUACUUCAAGACAAAAAAAAAAAAAAAGAAAAAAAAGGAGGAAAAAAAACCCUGCAGACCGAGCAGCUCUAUUGAUCACCAGGUCUUUGAGCGAGUGUUGAGCUGCUGUCACAUGUGGGCCGGCACCGGCGACCCAGCAGGCCUGAAUAAUUUGGGGGUCUCGUUUUAACAAAACAAAUCCAGUCUUCAGGGCCAGAAAGCCCCCUUCUCUAAAAGAGAAACAAAAUGAAGAAGGAGAAGUGACCGCUGGCAUGAUUCCAGCGAGAGCACCGGACUGGCAUCGAAAGUUCCCAGAAAUCUGUGAGGAGGACUGAGUUUUAGGGAAGGAGAAAUUGCACAGAGGUCUGGCCGAAGCUUUCAGCGUCACAACGAGGCGGGGACGACCCCCGCUCUUUGAACUUAGUAUUUUUUUGUUUGUUUUAUUUCUGCCUUAAUGUUUUUUAUGGAAUAUUGCCAUUGCUUUGGCUGACAAGGUAGCAACUUUGGCCUUUUGAUACAGUACCACUCCCCAAUAACCAACUUUGUAAAGAAGUUAUUUUUGGAAAAGAAGAAUGUGAAUCAAACUGCUCGGGUGGGGAUUAGGGGGGAUUCUGGACAUUAGGCUCUUUAAAAACACAUGACUUAAAGAAAAAAAAAAAA